GCGAGAGAGAGAUCAUCACAAGGUAAAAGUCAGACCGUGGAGGGAGCGCACUUACUGGAUUUACGCAGGGAGGAAAAAGUAAAAGUGUCUUUGGCCGGAGUGACUUCAGCUCGUACUUUCUGCUCCUUGCUUCCUCUUCACCCGCUCCGCCCUGCAUUCCGCGGAGCAGCUGUGUUUUAAUGCGCACCCGAGGAGGAGAGGAAGGAGAGAAGAGUGAGGAAGAAGAGACAGAAGAAGAGGUAGAAGUGAGAAGAAGGCCUGGACACCACCCCUCCUCGCCCUCUGGAGGUCUGUCCACUCUCCCCUCCUGGCCCUGCAUGGACGGGGAUGGGGAGAGCCGGAUGCUGUUGCCGCGGGGCUGAGCGCCUCGCCUCCCCGUCUCUGGUGCGCCGUUUCCGGCCACUGCUACUGCUGGUCAUUGCUCUGUGCUGCGGUGCUCACAUAGGUCAGUGUCAAGUGGCCACCCCUCAGUGUCGUAUCCAGAAGUGCACCACCGACUUCGUCUCCCUGACCUCCCACCUGACGCCGGCUGUGGAUGGCUUUCACACUGAAUUCUGCAAGGCUUUACGCGCGUACUCGGCCUGCACCCAGAGGACGGCCAAGUCCUGCCGGGGGAACCUGGUCUUUCACUCGGCCGUGCUAGGCAUCUCAGACCUCAUGAGCCAGAGGAACUGCUCCAGAGAUGGGCCCACUUCCUCGACACACCCCGAGGUCCACCUGGAGCCCUGCAGCUACCACAGUCGCACCCAGCAUGCCCACACUCACUCCCACGUGCAUGCACAUUCGCACGCAACCUCUCACAGCCACGGCCACUCUCCGCCUGCAUACCUGUUUUGCGGGCUGUUCGGAGACCCACACCUGAGGACAUUUAAGGACAGUUUCCAGACUUGUAAGGUGGAGGGGGCGUGGCCUCUCAUCGAUAAUGACUAUCUGUCCGUGCAGGUCACUAAUGUUCCCGUGGUUCCUGGCUCCAGUGCCACAGCAACCAAUAAGGCUGUAUUUCUGACAAACUGUGUGUCCUCUCCAGGUCAGUGUCAAGUGGCCACCCCUCAGUGUCGUAUCCAGAAGUGCACCACCGACUUCGUCUCCCUGACCUCCCACCUGACGCCGGCUGUGGAUGGCUUUCACACUGAAUUCUGCAAGGCUUUACGCGCGUACUCGGCCUGCACCCAGAGGACGGCCAAGUCCUGCCGGGGGAACCUGGUCUUUCACUCGGCCGUGCUAGGCAUCUCAGACCUCAUGAGCCAGAGGAACUGCUCCAGAGAUGGGCCCACUUCCUCGACACACCCCGAGGUCCACCUGGAGCCCUGCAGCUACCACAGUCGCACCCAGCAUGCCCACACUCACUCCCACGUGCAUGCACAUUCGCACGCAACCUCUCACAGCCACGGCCACUCUCCGCCUGCAUACCUGUUUUGCGGGCUGUUCGGAGACCCACACCUGAGGACAUUUAAGGACAGUUUCCAGACUUGUAAGGUGGAGGGGGCGUGGCCUCUCAUCGAUAAUGACUAUCUGUCCGUGCAGGUCACUAAUGUUCCCGUGGUUCCUGGCUCCAGUGCCACAGCAACCAAUAAGAUAACCGUCAUCUUUAAACCCUAUGAAGGCUGCACAGAUCAGAGGGUCUACCAGGCCAUCACAGACAACCUCCCCGCUGCCUUCGAUGAUGGCACUGUGAGCAGUGGAGAACCCAUUCACUCUUUAGCUGGUGCAGACGGUGCCAGUGGGAAGGUCCGGGCUCUAUGGAUCUCUGAGCGCACCCCAGGCCACCAUGUAGAGCUGCAUGCCGGCUACAUCGGCGUGACUGUAAUUGUUCGCCAGAUGGGCCGCUACCUGACCAUGGCGGUGCGGAUCCCUGAGGAGCUGGCUCAGGCCUACGAUGCCACCCAGGACCUGCAGCUCUGUCUGAAUGGCUGCCCCAGUGGGGAACGCAUCGACCAGGCGGGACACCUCCCCCUGCCCAUCUCCCCUCCGCCGCUUGGCCUGCAGCUUCAGCAGCUCCGUCGGCCCAGCUACUCCUCACAGAUUCAAUCCUCUCCCUACGGUACUCCGCAGGUUUUCAACGUGGAAGGGGCAAAGGAGCGCUGCAGGGAGAAGUUGGAGGUGCAGGACAUUUACUUUCACUCCUGCGUCUUUGACCUCUUGACCACUGGGGAUGCUAAUUUCACAGUGGCGGCGUUCAGCGCCCAGAAGGACAUGGAAAGUCUUCACCCACACCGGGACAGAUGGAGGAUCUACCCCCGCGGUUCGGCCACCUCAACCUUACACUCUGAUUUCCAACCUAUCAAACGGCUCACUCUGCUCCUGCUAUCUGCUCUAAGUGUGGUGUUGACGUAUUAGCGGAAGAGGAAAUCUUUUCGUGUGCCUGCAUGCGUGCGGGCUUGUGUAUGUUUGUGCACUAGAAACAGAGGUUUUUUUUGAUGAGCACUGAUUCCUCUCACGCAGCGAGUGUACAGCAGAUGUGACAAUUACCAGAAUCCAGAUUUUUUUGUAGAAGAGGUGGCAGACCCUCCCAGUGGGCGCAGCAGAUACUGACUGCAUCUUACCUGCUAGAAUCAGUCCUCUGGAGGUAAACAACACAGGAGAUGUGAUGAUGGCUUACACAAUCUUGUCUUCUUCUUUGGAUAGGAACCCAUGGACAAUAACACAGACAUUGAUGAGUAGGUGAAUUGAGUGUGUGGAUAUACACUACAGACUGUAUAUAGUUAAUUUUGUCAUCAGUGCACAGUGUAAUGUCAUAGUGUUUUUUUGUGCCAUUUGAUGUGAUUUUUCUUUAAUACCUCAGACAGAGGAUGUUUGUUUUAACACAAGCACUUUAUUUUGAUUUUCUUUUUGAAAACUAAUCCACAUCAGUGUUUCUUCCUCCCACUUGCUCUCCUCCACCAUAAAGCUCCAGUGGAUUCUUUUUAGCUUUAAUUUUGUUCUUUGAUCUUUUCAAAGUAAAAGUCAGUUGAUCACAAAGAGCUGCCAGUUCUGUCAAAUUUAAUCACUCUUCCAGUAGCUGAUUUGACUCAGUGUCUUGUUUGAAAGUCGGUCAUUGUGAGUUGUUCUGUUGAAUGUAUUAUGAACAUUGUCACAGCAAAUGCCAUCAGUGCUAUUUUUUGCUUUAUGAAUUUGUUGUGUUUCCUCAGUCCUGAUUUCAAAUGUGUGUUUGUGUGUGUGUGUACUUGUGAGUGUGUAUGGGUGCGUCAUUGGUGACAUGCUUGAAUCUGUGACGAUACUGGCUCAUGUUUUGCUUCUCAGUGUUUUCUUUGUUGUUUUAAUUUGAGCCAAAGACGGAUGGUGUAUUUUUUUAAUGUAGAAAAGAAAUCAUAACUCACCUCCAAACCAGCACCCUCCUCCUACUCCCCCUCCUCGCAGUCCCUCUCUCCCCUGUUUUUUAAAUUGCUACUGUAGACUAUUUUUCUCCUACUGCCACAAUUGACAAGCUGCUCCUUAAUGACGUAUGUGUACAAUACUGGAGUGUAGACAAAACACUGCAAAUCACUGAGGAAACUUCACCACACAGUCUGCUCCGAUACAUAUACUCCAGCACUGUAUAGUGGGAAAUGAAUGCCAUUUAAUACCUGGUAGAAAUGCCAAUCCCUUCAACUGUGAGCUUUCUUAACAUGUAACAGCCUGUAUAGUUAUGUCCCACUUGUUUGGCGAUAUAAGCUUAAUAUCUGUUUUUUUGGCAUUGUGACCUCUUACAUCACGUGUGAGUGUCAGUUCGGUUCGGAGUGACUGGUCAGUGUUGAAAUACUUAAUUAUUUAUGAACGUAGUCUCCUGUAGAGGAAGUAAAGCUCCAUAUUCUUACUGUUGGAUAAUAAUUUAAAAAUAAUGUCAGAUGUGAUUGUACUGCCACCUAGUGGUGCUAUGUUGCUAUGUGUGUUAUGAAAAAAAAAAGAAAAAGGAAACAAACUGUGUGCAAGUGUUUUAUUUAAAAAACAAUAAAGUCCAAAUGGU